ACACCCAGUGCGUACGGUAUCAAGGAGCAAACUCCAUAGCUUUGGCGGCCAAAGAAGUGAGAUGGGGAAGAAGGCGAAAGGGUCCCGAAAGGGGAAGAAGGCGUGGAGGGCUAACAUAGGCACGGAUGACAUCGAGGACUUCUUCGAGAAAUCCACCAAGGACGCUCUCUCCGGCGGCUCCCUCGCCGCCGUGCCCAGCGACUCCCUCUUCUUCGUCGACAAGUCCAGUGAUCUUUCUGUGAAAAGGAAAAUCGAAAAGCAUAGGGAAAAAGUACUCCGUAGUGAUAGUGUACUUCAAAGGAACGCCUUUGUUCAACCAGUUCCAUCUUCAACCAAGAAGAAAUCAAAUACAAAAAGAAAGGAAAGUCAAAUUUCAAAAGAACCUGCUGAAGAUGGUCCUGAGGGUGAGAAUGUUUCAGAUUCUGGCAUGGUUGACAUAUGGGAUGAGGAAGGUCAACAGGACACCAAGAAGAAAAAGAUAUCCAAGCCUUCGCUCAUUCCAGCAGUAGAAGUUGAGCAACCUGGAUGCUCAUUCAAUCCUUCGUUUGAAAGUCAUCAGGAUUCAUUGGCUCAUGCCGUUGCGGAUGAAAUGCAGAAAGUCUAUCAAAAUGAGUUGGGACCCCAGCCAGUUCCAUUAACUGUUACUGGAGGAGCUGUUGAUGAAGAAGAUAUGUAUUUUAUUGAGGUGGAUGAUGGAAGUGAUGAUGAUCAGAAUGGGGAGAAGCUGUUCGAUAAUGAGGAUACUGCACAAGAGAAAAGGUCCUCUAAAAUAAAGAGGGUGACUCGAGUUGAACUGAAUAGGAGAGCUAGGUCCAAGAAACUGCUGAGAGCAGAAGCAGAAGCAAAAAGGGUGGAGGCACUCUCAAAAGAAAUUGACUGCUUACCAGAUAUAAUUCAAGAAAUAGCCAAAGAAGACGAGGAGAAGCAUAAAAGGCAUCAGAGGCGGAUUGUAGCUAAACAAGAUAGACUCAAAUCUCGUCCUCCACGUCUAGGGAAGCACAAAUUUGAGCCUGCCCCAGUUCAAGUCCUAUUGUCUGAAGAAAUCACUGGAUCCCUCCGAAAGCUCAAGGGCUGUAGCACCCUUGCAAGGGAUCGGUAUAAGAGCCUGCAGAAAAGAGGAUUGCUUGUACCGACUGCUAAGAAGAGCAGGAAAUAAGGCACCAUUCUCCCUUGGGCGUCUGCUCGGUUUUCGGUCGUAUGGGAGGCUUGGGAAGAAUGUGGCCCUGGCUCCAUGGAGGAGGAGCCAUAUUAAGAAGCUGAAGAUUUUGCCCAGUGUUUUUAUGUUAAUACUCGAUGAAAUUGGUAAUGAUAUUAGAAUCAGCCCCAACAUCAACUUCUACUUUGAGGGAGUAUAAUGUAUCCUCCUCAUAGCAACAAACUCUUUGAAUUUUUUUUUGUUUUUUUGCUAAAAAAAUAUAAAUAUAUACUUUUAAUAAUUUUA